AUGUCUUCUGUUGCGAACGCCGCUCUUAAUACUGCUGUUGACAUUGUAGCCAUCUAUAUUCCUAUAAUAACAGCGGUAAAAACCCUAGUAAAGGAAAUUUAUACAAUUUAUGAAGCUGCCGAAUUUAAUAGUGAAAUUUGUUUAAUUAUGAAAAAUCGAGUAAUAAAGGCAGAGUGUUCCGUUGAUACAAUUAUUAAAGACACAAAUAAUGAAAAAAAAUUGCGCGAACAAUCUUAUUUUUUAGCUUUUAAAAGUUUUGAAAACGUUUUGCUAAAAAUUAAAGAUUUUGUUAAAAAUGUAUCAAAACUUAAAGGUUAUAAAAAAUAUCUCAAUGCAACAGAAGUUAAGAAUAAAUACUUGCAAUUGACUGAAGAAUUUGAUACAUGCAUGGGUGAUCUGCAUUUUGCUAUCGAUGUUGCUAAUAAAAGUGAGAGAGAAGAAGAAGCCAAAAAAGUCGAUAGAGCUCUAGAAAACGUUGAAAAAAAUCUCGAGAAACUUGAUGAUAAAGUUACUACGAUAAUGAAUAAUUUAGAACUUCUACAAAAAAAAUCAGAUGUUCAUGCGAAGAGGAUUGAUCCGGCCGACUUACAUGAUCCUGUAUUUCGAAAUAAAAAUGAUAUUCGUCGUCAGGUCUUUAGGAAGGUUAUUUAUCAAGUGGCUGAUGUUGCAUGUAAACCUAUUAAAGACUCUAGUCGGUAUCAAACUGAAUUAGCAAUUCUUGGAAAAUUAAGUAAAUUACCAUACAUUCUUCCUUUUUAUGGUCUAUCACGUGCUGAUACUUGUGAUGGUAAUCGUGAAGUUAUGGUUUUUGAAUGGGCCCAUCAUGGGACUUUGACAGAGCUCUAUAACAAUUUUGAUAUUCCUUGGGCUAGAAAAAUACUAAUUGUUCGAGAUAUUUGUCGCGGUAUUGUAUUUUUACGUUGGGCGAAUGUUUUUCAUCACGAUCUUAGAUGCGAUAAUAUUUUUGUAACUCAAAAUCUGGAUGUAAAACUUGGAAAUUUCAAAUAUUCGCGUCCAGUAGAUGCAAAUACUACGAAACUUUCAGACAUAGUACAACAUAUUCGUUGGAUGGCCCCUGAACAAAUCGAAAAGUAUACAAAAAUAGCUGAAAAAGGGUAUACUCUGUUUUGCGAAAUAUUCAGGUUUUGA